CUCUAGUGUGCACCCAUGAAUUCGACCAGUCGAUCCUAGAAACAACACUUUGUCAUCGAAUGUAUUGCCUAACCAGAAAGACAAGUCGAGAGUGACUAUGACAGUCCGCCAGUGGUGUCUGAUCCGUCGUCCUUCCUGAUCACCACCAACUCCUGACGUCUUGAUCACCCAGAGCCACCAUGAACUCCUUGUGGCCUUCUAAAAGCUCGAACGAGGCGGAGCCUUCAUCGAGCAAGGCAGACGAAAAAAUGGGGGACGCCCCCGCGGCCCCGAUCGGCCUCGAGCACGCGCAACAAGCCGACCCUCCCCAACCUGUCCGGCCCCUCCUUGUGCGCAAUGCCUCGAACCCACCCAGCCCGGCCGUCCCACCUCCGCCGAACCAGCCUCCUCCUCCUCCAGGCGGCAAUGCGCCGCCGAACCCCACAGACUCUCUCUCGCUGGCACAGCUCCGCCGAAUCCUGGUCGACUUUCCCAAAGCCGAGACUGUAGCGUACGAUUUCACAUACGAGGACAUGGGGCCGAUCGAUGAGGAGAUAGACGAGUGGUUCGUCUACCAGUUCUGGCAGUGGGUGCGGCUCAGUUCUGCCCAGAGGGCUUUCGAAGCGCAGUGGGAACAUGACUUUGGCCCAGACACCACGUGGGACGGCUUGGACGGGGACGCGAGGAAGAAGUUUGUCACAGAGGCCCUGGCCGGGCUGUCAUUAGGUGAAGCCAAGGAUCGGUUGGCUGCCCUGGGCAGGCUGGUGUAUGUGGUGCUCGGAAGAUGGGCGCAGACGGCCGGAGGGGCUGGUGCAGCUGGACCUAAGGACAGCAAGGCUAGGUCGGCAUCGACACCCGAGCACCUCUUGGCGAUGAAAGCUGGGGCCAGGCUCAUCGGCGAGGCUGGAGGCGCUGUGGUAAUAUGGGAUGCGUUGAGGCGUGCAUUCGAUCCUUACUGUCCAGAGGCGCUGACGAGAAACUAUAGGACCGACGAGGCCCCUCAGAUGCAGGGCGUCAGUGCACAAGAAGCACAAGAUGAGUUGACGAACCUAAUGACUGUUAUGUAUAUGUUGAUACAACAUGCGAUUGUUUAUCCUCAGGAGUUGGAUGCGCUGUAUACACAGCUAGUGGAGCUGGGGCCCUGCUUGGUCGACUUCUUCGUCGACGUGACGGCCAAAAUGCGAUGGGAUGAAGCACAAGUGGUUCCGCAGGCCCAGGUCUUUCUGCUCUUGUGGAAGUCGGUAUUACUCGUGUUUGGUGGCUCGCAAGAGCUGGCCGAGACGAAGAAGGCCGCGGCCGAGGACCUGGACGAUGGCAAGGACAAGGACAUAAUCACAGCCUCACCCUUGGAUUACCACUUCUUCCGGCAAGAAAUUACCUCCAAAUAUCCGGCAUACAUACCACCAAAGGAAGUCAUCCCUUUGGAGGCCGACAACACAUCUUUUCUUCCUCCCCUUCCGAAUCAGACCGCACGUAAUAAUGGUUCCAGCGGCAUUCUUCCCCCUCAACCUGGCACACAGACUGGAGGGGCCUCUAUCCUUCACCAACCUGUCCACAUCGCGACACCGGCUCCAUCCCCGCCACCUUCACCUGGCGUUGGUGGAAAAGGCGUUAAGAAACAAAACUACCAGACUAACCAGAACUUUCCAUUCAUGUAUCCGCCACUCGAUGCUACUAGCAACAGUGCCGGCGGCAAAGGCAAUGCUGCUCUGCAGGCCCUGCUCGUCGGCAGAAAGUGGGAAGGUAGUGACGUGCCGGCAUCGAUCCUCGAGGCUGGAGAACUGUUCUCUGGGAGGGUACGGAUGACCCGGGCCCUUCGGCAGCUAUGGGAUGAGCGAGAAAAGUUCAUGAAAUUUGAGCGGGGAUGGGACGCUGCCGACGACGAUCUAUUGGACGAACUCGAUCUUUCUUCUCUAACUCUAGAGGAAAAGGAGGAGCUUGGUCUAGUGAAGCCCAAAGCAGAGCGUGAAGCUCAGGAAGCAGAAGCCGGGGUCGAUUACGGUCCCCACCCUGAAACCAUGAGCAAGAGAGUCAAACAACGACUCGAUGCUGUCGAAAAGUUCUACGCUAGCUCUAUCCCGCAGCUCCAAUCUGUUUGUAUGUGCUUGAUUAAGGGAAUAUUGGCACAUUAUACAGUCCUGUUGUCGCAACAACAACCGGCGCCUCCAUACAGUGCAAUCCCAGGCGCCAAUGGUAGAGUCAAUGGUGCCAACAACAACGGCACGGCGAGCGCAGAUCCCUCUGAGCCAUCCGCCGAGGAACUAGACGCUGCAAGGACGCGUGAGAUCACUGCAAAGGCCGUGAGCGGCAUUAUGCUUCUGCUUCUCAAGUGGCUGAAGUUAUCUCAUGUUCUCAAAUUUGAAUUUCUAACGCAGCUUCUUCUGGACUGUAACUACAUGCCAUUGAUGCUGAAGUUGUUUCUCCACCAAGAUGUCCAACAGGUUGUGGAGAACAAGACGGAUCGAAUUGAGAACAGCUUCUUUUAUUUUUGUAACGUGCGUGCCGGUGCACCGGAGAGGCCCGAAGAGCCAAGGGACGGGGAAGAGAGCGAGGAUGACGCCGCCCCUCCACCCAUCAAGCGGCGCCGCUCACCUCCACCAGCACCGCAGACAGAUACUGCGACGGAUGCCGCACACGCUAAGGAUGAGCACAGCAAGCCCCCUCGGCCUGAAGUCGAUGAACUGGGCUAUCCUGUAAAUCCACUGCCCUCGGAACCCAUCACGGAUUUUUCACGGCGGAAUUUCUUCACACUCAUCAACUACCUUCGCAUCCUGCAGAAGAUCUGCAAGAACAAGGGCCACCGAAACCUCCUCAUGGUGCAGUACAAAUCCUCCAACGUCCUGCGCAAGAACCUCAAGGUCCCGCAGAACGAACUGCGCCUGUACACGCUCAAGCUCUUCAAGAACCAGGUGCCCUACUGCUCCCGCAAGUGGCGCCAGUCCAACAUGCGCGUCAUCACCGCUGUCUACCUGCACUGCAGACCGGAGCUCCGCGACGAGUGGCUCGCGGGCUGUGAUGUCGACGCGGAGAUGGAGGAGGCGCUGCCCCUGGAACAGGCGCUGAGGAGCCUAACGCAUUGGUUCAACGCGCGCAGGUACCCGAAGAAGAUGGCACCUGAGGUCAGAGAGGCACUGAGGGAGGAGCAGGACUUCUUUGUGCGGGAGCUGGAGCGGAUGGAGGUAAGCUGGGAUGAAGUCGGUGCGAGUGAGGGUGGCGGAGCGGAGUGGGAGGAGAUGUCGUCUUGGGCAUGAUGGUGAAAGAAUGGAAGAGAGGUGGAUUGUGGAUGUUGUGAGCGAUUCACUCACUGUAGACUUGGUCAAUCGAUACCCUAUUUGAGCGCUCGUUAUAGACGUCUGUCUCAGUUUGUAGCCUAAACUCGAGGUGGCACAUAGUUCCAUCGGCAGUGACACAUGAUAAUCAUUGCACCUCAAUAUUAUUGAUUAAAAAGGACAAUACUGCUUUAAAAGAGAAAACCAAACGAUAACGCAGAAUGAUUAUCCUGUAAUCCAGCGAAAGGACGAGGUCCCCAGUCUCGAAAUUUCUGUGUGCCUGUGAUGGGCGAUGGGCAGCCCAAUGUUAAGGACUCAUGGGUAUAUCCGACUCUUCCAUCCUUAUUUUUCAAAUACUCCGAGUUGUGAGAAUCGUCACUGCGUAGGCGGUCAUCACCGAAGUUGUGUCUUUGCACCUCAACCCUGGGCAGUGGAACGGAAGUCUGGCAACGAUUUGGGCCAUGGCCCAAAUUCAGCGUGAAAUCCAUCGCUGGAGGGCGAACGAGGCCCGACGUACAAACUUGCCCCCUAGAAGACUUGAGACCCGCAACCAGGAGCCGAUAAAGUCGACCCGGGGCUCAAUUCUCCCCUCGCAUGUCGCAAAAGGAGCUCUACUAGACAUUGUACGUCCCGUCCUCAUACCGGUGCUGGUUCCCAUACCCGCCCAUGUUACCGUACCCGUUGUUUGUCGCACCGUUGGCAGUAGGCACGCCGUGGUCGUUGUACCCAGUUCCAGUGACGCCCGUCUCGCCGUACUUGGGGUACGUGGAGGUGGCCACGCCGUUGUUAUUGUCGACGUGGGUUGCGUCCGUGUUGUAGGACUGGCGCAGCUGAUCGGGCUCCGGGUGGGCGGGGAGCUCGUUCUCAUCGCCGGCGGUCCUAGUCGUGCGGCGGCGGAACAGCGAGCCGAGGAGCCCGGUCUU